GUGUCCCAAAAGGCGCAAGGGUGUCCUUGUAUUAAUUUCAAAAUCCUUCCCCCACCGGCUAAACGACGCCGUCUCUCCUCUCUCUCUAUGCACCAGCCUUUGUUUUUAUAACCAGUUCCAAAGAGGGAAACGGACCAGUAAACGUAAACAACUAAAAGGAUCAGAUGAUUCGUCCGGAUAGAGAAUUUUGAAGGUCUCUUCUGUUCGUUUGUCUCGGUUUCAAAUCCAGCUACUAGCUGAGGAUUUGUAGAGAUUGCUGGAGAUUAGUCGCUAGGGUUUUAGGAAAAUGGGAGAGCAGAGGAGUAAUAAUAGGUGGAACUGGGAGGUGACUGGGUUUGAACCGAGGAAGGCAUCAUCAACCACGUCGUUGGAGCACGAGGAUCACAGGGCUGGUGCGUCGCUGGUGAGGCGGUAUUCGAUCUCUUCGGCGUCGUCUUUGCCGCAUUCGUCUGAGUUUUCGAAGCAGGCCAUUGCUUCUAAGGUCCAAAGGUUGAAGGACAAAGUGAAGCUUGCAAAAGAAGAUUUCUUGGCAUUGAAACAAGAAGCAAGUGACCUUCAGGAAUACUCUAAUGCAAAACUUGAUCGAGUUACACGUUAUCUAGGUGUUCUUGCUGAGAAAACUCGUAAAUUAGAUCAAGUUGUCCUUGAGACUGAGGCUAGAAUAUCUCCACUUAUCAAUGAGAAGAAAAGAUUGUUCAAUGACUUAUUGACAGCCAAAGGAAACAUAAAAGUAUUUUGUCGCACAAGACCAUUAUUUGAAGAUGAAGGUCCUUCGACUGUUGAAUUCCCUGAUGAUUGCACUAUCCGUAAUACUGGUGAUGAUAGCUUAUCAAACCCAAAGAAAGAUUUGAAUUUGAUCGAUCUUAGAAUUUUCAUUGGACAGCAGAUUUUUGAAGGUUCCACCCAUGAUCGUGGUUUAUAUGCUCGUAGUUUUGAAGAGCUAUUUGAUCUUGCUAACUCAGAGUCAACUUCUACAUCUCGAUUCAAUUUCUCUGUUACAGUUUUUGAGCUCUACAAUGAACAGAUCAGGGAUUUGCUUUCAGAAUCUGGGAGCAGUUUACCAAAGGUCCACAUGGGAUUGCCAGAAUAUCUUAUAGAACUUGUGCAGGAGAAAGUUGAUAAUCCAUUGGACUUCUCAAGAAGUUUGAAAUAUGCACUUCAGAAUCGGGGAAAUGAUUUAUUGAAGUUUAAAGUUUCUCAUUUGAUUAUCACAAUACACAUAUGCUAUAACAAUGUGAUCACUGGAGAAAACUCCUACAGCAAACUUUCUCUUGUUGACUUGGCUGGAAGUGAAGGUUUGAUAACAGAAGACGAUAGUGGGGAGCGUGUGACAGACUUGCUGCAUGUCAUGAAAUCACUUUCAGCGCUGGGAGAUGUUUUAUCAUCAUUGACUUCAAGAAAGGAUGUUGUUCCAUAUGAAAAUUCCAUGCUCACAAAAGUACUUGCAGACUCACUAGGGGGAAGCUCAAAAACUUUGAUGAUAGUUAACAUUUGUCCAAAAGUAGCAGAUUUGUCUGAGACAUUAUUGUCUCUUAACUAUGCUGCUAGAGCUAGAAAUGCUGUAUUAAGCCUUGGAAAUCGAGAUACAAUAAAGAAGUGGAGAGAUGUUGCAAAUGAUGCGCGGAAGGAGCUGCAUGAGAAGGAAAAGGAAAUCCAAGAUCUGAAACAAGAGAUUUUGGGACUAAAACAAGCACUUAAAGAUGCAAAUGAUCAAAGUGUCUUACUUUUCAAUGAAGUGCAGAAGGCGUGGAAAGUUUCUUCUACAAUGCAAUCGGAUCUAAAGUCCGAGAACCUUAUGCUUGCAGACAAGUAUAAGAUAGAAAAGGAACAAAAUGCUCAGCUAAGGAAUCAAGUAGCUCAAUUGCUACAGUUGGAACAAGAACAAAAAAUGCAGAUGCAACAACAAGAUUCCACAAUUCAGACACUGCAGGCCAAAAUUAAAACCAUUGAAUCACAACUCAAUGAAGCCCUUCAUUCUAAUGAUGCUAGACUAGCACUUGCCUCUGAAGCAGCACCUGCCGUUUCACCAGUUCCCAAAACAGCUGGGGAUCCUAUGGAUUCUUCAGCAGUUACCAAGAAACUUGAAGAGGAACUAAAAAAACGUGAUGCACUGAUUGAGAGGUUACAUGAAGAAAAUGAGAAAUUAUUUGAUAGAUUAACCGAAAAAGCAUCUUUGGUUGGACCACCCCAGCUAUCGAGUCCCUUGCCUAAAGGUUCAGUGAAUGUUCAGUCUCGGGACCUUGUCAGGACCAAUAGUAACAGUAAAGGACAUUCUGUGGAUGCUGUUCCUUCACUAUUGGCCCCGGAUAAAACUGAAGGCUCAGUUGCUUUGGUUAAAUCAGGUUACGAGAAAAUUAAAACCACCCCAGCGGGAGAAUAUCUGACUGCUGCCCUCAAUGACUUCGAUCCUGAACAAUAUGACAGCAUUGCUGCCAUUGCAGAUGGAGCGAACAAACUUUUGAUGCUGGUUUUGGCAGCAGUAAUCAAAGCAGGGGCUUCUAGAGAGCAUGAAAUACUUGCUGAAAUUAGAGAUGCUGUCUUUUCUUUUAUCCGGAAGAUGGAGCCAAGGAGGGUGAUGGACACCAUGCUUGUUUCCCGUGUCAGAAUUUUGUAUAUAAGGUCUUUGCUUGCUAGAUCACCAGAGCUUCAAUCCAUCAAGGUUUCCCCUGUUGAAUGCUUUUUGGAAAAGGUUAAUACUGGUCGAAGUAGAAGCUCCAGCCGGAGUAGCAGCCCUGGAAGAUCUCCAGUACACUACGUUGAUGAUCAAAUUCAAGGUUUUAAAAUAAAUAUAAAGCCAGAAAAGAAGUCCAAGUUGGUAUCGGUUGUUUCAAAAAUACGAGGAAUUGAGCAGGAUACUGGGAGGCAGCAAGUUACUGGUGGAAAGCUAAGGGAAAUACAAGAUGAAGCAAAAAGUUUUGCUAUUGCGAACAAGGCCCUUGCUGCACUCUUUGUCCAUACUCCAGCAGGCGAGCUCCAGCGGCAAAUUAGGACCUGGCUUGCAGAAAACUUCGAAUUUCUUUCUGUUACAGGAGAUGAGGCUUCUGGGGGAACCACUGGACAGUUGGAGCUACUCUCUACUGCCAUAAUGGAUGGCUGGAUGGCUGGACUUGGUGCUGCACUGCCUCCUAAUACUGAUGCUCUUGGCCAGCUUUUAUCUGAGUAUGCAAAGCGGGUCUACAGUUCCCAAUUGCAGCACCUAAAGGAUAUUGCUGGUACCUUAGCAACAGAAGAGGCAGAAGAUGCAGGACAAGUAGCAAAGCUGCGAUCAGCUCUCGAGUCUGUUGAUCACAAAAGGAGAAAGAUUUUGCAACAAAUGAGGAGUGAUGUAGCUUUACUUAUAUCUGAAGAUGGGGUUGCACCUAUUAGGAAUCCUUCUACUGCAUCUGAAGAUGCGCGAUUAGCAUCUCUGAUUUCUCUUGAUGGCAUACUGAAGCAAAUCAAGGAUAUUUUGAGACAGUCCUCCACAAACACCUUAAGUAAAAGUAAGAAGAAAGCAAUGCUUACCUCCUUGGAUGAACUUGCUGAACGAAUGCCUUCCCUUCUUAACAUCGAUCAUCCAUGUGCUCAGAGGCAAAUUGCUGAGGCUCGUCAUGCAAUUGAGUCGGUUCCUGAAGAAGAUGAUCACAUUCUAGAAGCAUCACAUGCUCGCAAACCAUCUGCAGAUUUAGCAUCUGCUGCAGAAACUGACGUGACACAGUGGAACGUUCUUCAGUUCAACACUGGCUCAACAACUCCAUUUAUCAUCAAAUGUGGGGCAAACUCAAAUUCAGAACUGGUUAUUAAAGCAGACGCCCGAGUUCAGGAACCGAAAGGUGGAGAGAUCGUGAGAGUUGUUCCAAGACCAUCGAUAUUAGAGAAUAUGAACUUAGAGGAAAUGAAACAAAUAUUUUCUCAGCUCCCCGAGGCUCUAAGCUUGCUUGCCUUAGCAAGGACUGCAGAUGGUACUCGAGCUCGGUAUUCUAGACUGUACAGGACUCUGGCUAUGAAGGUUCCUUCGCUGAGAGAUUUAGUUGGCGAGCUCGAAAAAGGUGGAGUGCUGAAAGAUGUGAAACCAUGAAAGUUCAGCAGUGAUAAAUUAUCAUCAUGUCUUUUGAUGUUGUAUGUAUGCUUUUUUUACCUUUACUUUGUUCUUGUUCUCUUGAGGAAUUUGGUGGAGCUGUGUAGCGUGUAGCCUUCUCUUUUUGCCUUCUGUUCUCCCUCUGCUUUGUUCGGCAAAGCAAUUCUUGUAUUUUGUAGCUGUAACCUGUGUUAUUAUCCUGCAUAGUAGUAUUACACGCGGCCUCAGCGAAGGAUGUUGAUGUGAUAUUUAUAGUAAUCGUGUAAUUUAUCUGUCUUAUCUUC